CUCACUUCAAGUGCUUUGUCCGUCGGCGUUAUCAUGACGCAUCAAAUGAAACUGCGAGGAAAUCCCAUUAAAAGAUCGGCAAGUUACAAUGGAUUUUCGCUUGCUCUUCCUAGUAACAUCGACGAACUGAAAAGUGUAGAUAGUUCAUCCGACUCUUCGGCAUACUUAAUGCAAUGGAGCCCAGUUGUUCGAAAACAAGUCGGCUGCCCAUCGCUGAUAAGAUCACCGAAUCAUGUGCUUGAUUGCUCAGUUUCAAACGAAUUUAGAGAUAUAAUUAAGGGCGUAGAAAAUACUGACAUAAGUUUGACUGAGCUUAGCGAUGCAUCAAGUGGAAGCGACGUUUGGCAAGAAGAAUUAAUUCUUCGUUUGAGACGACAGGAAGCUGCCAUUGAGAAAGAUAAAGCAAGGCUUGAGGAAGAAAUAAAGACCCUUCAGUUGAAGUUGGAAUUAGAGGAGGAUCUGCGACGCAAUGAUAAAGAAUGCAUGGAUAUUCUCAGAAGCCACAUCUCAAAGCUUGAAGGAAAACUACAGAGCAGCGAGAAGAAGAUAAGAGAGUUAGAACACGAAAAGCAACGGCUAGAGGUCAACUCUGCAGUGUUACCCGCAACAAAGCCGGGGGAAUUUACACUUUUGAAAGCGCGCUUGGAUGCGAGUGCAGCCACUAUUCAUGCCCUUGAAGCGGAUUUAAAAAGGAUAAAGGGCGAAAAAGCCACACUUGAGGGGCAAGGAAAGGAAUAUCAAGACAUGCUGAUAAAACUUGAGCAUCAGUUGCGAAGCGCAAAUAAGGAACUCCAACGUCGGGAGAAUCGAGUAAACGAGCUUGUCGAAGAGAGAAGAUCUCUGGAGGAAUUUCAGUUAAAAGCACGCAGCUUACAAAGGAAAGAUCAGAAAUCUUCUUAUGCUUUGCAAAUUCAAAUUGUUAACCUGCAAGAAAAACUCGAGAUGUCAAACAGGACUAACGAUGAGUUGAAAAGCGACAAGGAGAAGUUGGAAGCUAAAAUGAAACAACUUGAGUACAAGGUGAAAGAAUUAGAGGGUAGCUAUCGAUCCAAACUCGAGCAAACUAUGGAAAGAUUAAAACGGCAGAAGUCACACACGGAAGAUAAUCCCCUCAAGGCAGUAAACGGAUGUUUACAGCGUGUUCAUCAACCAUCUUCCAGCGAAAACUCGGCCGACAGCCAGAAACUAAAACAGCAGUGUGGUGCCGAGGUCAAAGUGUCAACGCAACGAAAGCUCAUUUGUACCCUGCUCAUGGAGUUGAACAAGCAAAUGGAGGAAAAUGCUUGUAAAGAUAUUGAAUUAGCCCCCUUAGAGGUACCUCUAAAAGAAUUUCUGGAUAAGAUUUCCAACAAUGUUACAGAGGCACUUCGGGAGACCAAAUUUAAUGGGAAGCCCUUGCAACUGGUCACAGUGGCUAAGGAAUCCUCCAAAGAGGAGUUUGUAUGUGAGAAAUCACCCAAUGGAAUUAAUGGAAGUAAAGAAAGUAGUGAAGAAAGUGCUUUGAAAGCUCCUCUAUUUAUGGUACAGAAAGUUACAAGAGAAAAAUUUACAACAUAUCGCCCAGAUCUGUGGGAAAAAAGACAAAGUGCAUUGAAGCCCAACAGUCAUUCAAGACCAAGAAAGAAAAUUCCAGUUAAAGAGGUUGAACAGGAGAAAUAAAUAUUAUUUUACAGCCAGACUUAUAAAGCUGCUUUUGUAGUAGAGGAAUGCAGUUUCUUCCAAUAUAUCCACUAGUUGGAAACGAACCAUGUCAAUUUGAACCAAACAAAUAUCAUGCUAAACUAAAGAAAGCCAUUGCCUGAAAAAGAUCAGCAUUCUGCAGUUGAAGUUUAAAGGAUCUACAUCAGAAUUGGCAAUAUCGUGAGACAAACACUUUUAUUUUCUUUGUUAUUCUAUGCUUUUGCUCAGAGUUUUUCCAAAGUCUCAUUGUAAUUCAUUAUAAAAAGGAAUGUCAUUUAAUAACGAUAGUUUGUUCAAAUUAAGAAUAUUUUAUAUUUUCACUGGAGUUCUAGAUAACUUACUGGGUUGUUAUAAUUUGAUCAGAUUUGAAAAUUUUAAACAAUGCAAUCUGAUGUUGUCCAUUAUAUUAUCAGGUGUGAACAAUGUUUGAGUAAGGCAAGUCUUUUUAUUAAACCAUCUGUUCCAAAAUAAAAAUGAAACAAACA